AAAAUACACACUUUUCUUAACAAUGUCUUCAAAAUUUUUAGAAGAAUUAUCAAAUGAUUAUGAAAAACUUUUUGAAACUGAAAUAGGAUAUGAUGUUAUUAUUUAUGCAGGAGAUGAACUAAAUGUUAAAGAAAUCCAUGCUCAUUCAAAUAUUUUAUGCAUUAGGUCAAAAUAUUUUCGCACGGCUUUUUCUAAUGAAUGGGCUGAAAAAAAAGAUGGAAAAUUUAUUUUAAGAAAACCAAAUAUUUCGCCUCAUUUAUUUGACAUCAUUCUUAGGUUUAUUUACAGUGGAAAUAUUGAAUUGAAAAAUUUACAAGGACCAGAUGUAUUGAAAUUGUUGAUAGCUGUGGAUGAAUUAAAUAUUCAACAAUUAAUUUCUCAUAUUCAAGAAUAUUUGAUUAAACAUCAAACUGAAUUUUUGCAUCAAAAUCCAACUGGUAUUCUUGAAACUGUCUAUCAACAUGAAACAUUCAUAGAUUUAUGGAAUUUUUGUCUUGAAAAAAUCUGUAAAGAACCUAGAAUUUUAUUUAAUUCUAAUAAAUUUGUUAAUUUAAAAGCACCUUUAUUAGAAUUAUUGUUAAAAAGGGAAGAUUUAAACAUGGACGAAAUUGAGAUUUGGGAAAGUUUAUUGAAAUGGUGUUUUGCUCAACAAAAUAUGGAAAAUGAUCCAACAAAAUGGAACAAAGAUGAUAUGACAAGAAUUGAGAGAUCAUUACACAAGUUUAUUCCACUAAUUAGAUUUUAUGAUAUUAAACCUACAGAUUUCUUUUAUAAAGUUUACAAUUAUAAAGAUAUUUUACCACAAGACUUAAUUCAUGAUCUUUUGGAAUUUCACAUUGUUCCUGAAACAAAACCUAAAACUAAUUCAUUUCAUAGAAAUUGUGAUAAUAAAGGAGCUACUAUUUGGAUAGCAAAAAUCCAAGGUUCAACACAAUUAAUUGGAGGAUAUAAUCCACUGGAUUGGAAUGGAUAUGGACCUAAAUAUACGGCAGAUAGUUUUCUAUUUAACUUUACAGAUGGAAAUAAUAUCUCUACUGCAAAAUUAGGUUAUGUUAAAAGACCAAAUGAGGCUAUGUUUUGUUAUAAUACCCGAGGUCCACAUAUGGGUUAUUUCCUAUGUUAUGGUAAUGACAAUUGGAAAAAUAACGAUAAUAAUGCUACUUGCUAUCCUAAUAUAGGUAUUCCAACUUUUAAUUUUACUGUAGGGAAUUAUGAAGUAUUUCAGGUAAUUAAAAAGUAGAAAAAAUAAAAAUGUAUAAUUUUCUCAACCUUUUCGAAUGCAAUAUAUUUACUAUAAAUU